AUGUUCGACAUGCACGGCAAAGUCGCCAUCAUCACCGGCGGCUCCGGCGGAAUCGGCUACGAAGUCGCGCGCUCUCUCGCUGAAGCCGGCGCCGACAUAGCCCUAUGGUACAACUCCUCGCCCGCCGACGAGCGAGCAGCAACACUCGUGAAAGACUUUGGCGUGCGCGCAAAGGCAUACAAGGUGUCCGUACAAAACUUCAACGAGGUCCAAGCCGCAACAAACGCAGUCGUCUCCGACUUCGGCGGCCUCAACGUCAUGAUCGCCAAUGCCGGAAUCCCAUCCAAAGCCGGCGGCCUAGACGACAAGCUCGAGGACUGGCAGCGCGUCGUGGACGUGGACUUCUCAGGCGCAUACUACUGCGCGCGCGUGGCGGGCGAGAUCUUCCGCAAGCAGGGGCACGGAAACCUCAUCUUCACAGCCUCGAUGAGCGGGCAUGCGGCGAAUGUUCCGCAGCAACAGGCCUGCUACAACGCCUGCAAAGCUGGUGUAAUCCACCUCGCCAAAUCACUGGCUGUAGAAUGGGCGGGCUUUGCGCGCGUAAACAGCGUGAGCCCGGGGUACAUUGACACGCCGAUUAGCGGUGAUUGUGCGUUUGAGAUGAAAGAGGCGUGGUAUGGGCUGACGCCGCUGCGGAGGGACGCGGACCCGCGAGAGCUGAAGGGCGUCUAUCUUUACCUGGCGAGUGAUGCCAGUACGUAUACGACGGGGGCGGACAUUGUUGUUGAUGGGGGGUAUACUUGUCGGUGA